AUGGAAAUUAUUCACACAUCUCAACCCGAAAGUCGAAUCUCCUUCAAGUCCAACCAAGAAACAAACAACCCAUCAAUUCAACCCUCCAAACCUUACAAAUGGUGGCUGCAGUUAUUUGUUUAUACUCUGUUUGUCCUGUUUGGUCAAUCAGGUGCUACUUUGCUUAGAAGGUUGUAUUAUGAAAAAGGUGGAAAGAGCAUUUGGCUAGCAUCUCUUCUAGAAACUAUAGGAUUUCCAAUUCUCAUUCCAUUCUCUUUCAAUUUCAAAAAAACAGGAAACUCCAUUAAUGGAAUUAACAAACAUUCUUCCAUAAGAACCAUAACCCUUCUUCUUACAUCAUACAUAUGUUUAGGCCUUCUUCAAGCUAUAAACAAUAUGUUAUAUUCAGUUGGUCUUCUCUACUUACCAGUUUCAACUUUCUCCCUUCUAAGUGCAUCAGAAUUGUUCUUCACUGCUUUCUUUUCUCUCUUAAUCAACAAGCAGAAACUAACUCCACCGAUUAUCAAUUCUCUAGUCCUUCUAAUCGCUUCCUCAACUAUCCUAAUAAUCCAUGGAGAUAAUAACAAUAAUAACAAUUCAGAGAGAAGACAUACCCGAGGAAGUAGAGAUUACGCUGUCGGAUUUUCCAGCACGAUUAUCGCUUCCGCCGUUUACUCUUUACAACUCUCAUUGACACAGCUUUUCUUUCAGAAGGUUUCUGGGUCGGUUAAUUUCACUACAGUGAUGAACAUGCUGUUUAAUCAAUCAUUGGUGGCGAGUUGUUUCGGCGCGAUUGCGAUCGUGGCUGUAGGCGAGGGAAAGGGUUUGAAAGGAGAGAUGGAGAGAUUUGAAUUGGGGAAAUUAGGGUAUUGGUUGAUUUUGAUUGGGAUUGUUGUGGCUUGGCAGGCGUUUGCGGUGGGUGCGGUUGGAUUGAUUUUUCGAGUAUCGUCGUUGUUUUCGAAUGUAAUUGGGGCGUUGGCUUUGCCUAUUAUACCGAUUCUUGCGGCGGUGUUUUUUCGUGAAGAGAUGGAUGGAUUGAAGGUGAUUACUAUGUUGUUGGCGCUUUGGGGUGUGGUUUCGUAUGUUUAUCAGCAUUAUUUAGACGAUUGUAAACGGCGACUUUCUGAUGUUUCCGGCGCCGGCGGGAUUGUUCUUGAGAAAGACAAAGAGAGGGAGAGAUGA